AGGCCCUCUCGCCAACACGGGAUAUCAACGACCUCAGCAAUGAGCACCACAAACCAAAACACCACCCAAGGGACAAUGGUCAGUACUGAAAAUGACAAUUCCCUACGUCUGGAUUCAGAAAUCCAGCUAGUGUCGUCACUAGCAAAGCUACAAGAGCUAGAACGCAAGAAGAUCCAUGAACUACGUGAAUUUAUGCCUCAGGGUCUUUUGGAACCUUUGGUCCCAAUCUCAAAUCCAGAGAAAGUCACCGCAGACAAUGCAGUGGCUGAGACGCCGCAGAUAUUCCGCGAGAACUUGACCGAGGCUGCGCGUGCGCGCGUUGCUGAUGUUCAGAAAUUUCAAUCGCUUUGGCGGGAUCCAACGCUGCAGCCUGUAUGGGCGCAUGUUGAAUCGCGCAUCAUUGAGUCGAAUGGUCAACUUCUGCAACCUUCGGGGAAGUGGGAGACGGACUACGAUGUGCUUCUGGAGGAGUUAUCAAAGAAGGAGAAGACGAAAGAAGAUGAUCAGAAGCAAGAGGAAGAAGAUGCUGAGCGUGCGAAAGCUUUCUUUACUAAGGGAGAAUGGCAGGCUGUGUUGGAGCGUUUCGUUCAGAGGGAUGUACCCGGCGUGCGGGUUAUCAAAGGCCAGGAUGAGACUUCUUUGGCUGUGGCACUUGUCCGGGCAGGCAUUGUGUUCCAGAUUCAGGGCAUUCCCGGACCUGAGGUUCCCAUCUCAGAAUGGGAGGUCUCCAGCAAGGUUGCAAGUCGGGCGCCGACAAAAAUGGAGAUUGCCAUUUUGGACUGCUUGGGCUCGCGUCCUCGGAAAUGGGAUCUUGCGUUCUUAUUGGAUAUGAUCUCUUCUUAUGCGGAUAUAAAGCAGACACCCUGUGUCAAAUGCAAUCGCCUGACCAACACUGGCGCUCAACUCCCAACUCUCCGUCGACCCCAGCCAUACCAACAAUCUACCGAAGGACCACGCAUUUACACAUUUGACGCACUACACGCAGGCUGCAUCUAG